AAUCGGGUUUGAAUUUGACAUUGUUUCGACCCGAUUCAACUUUAUAGCAUCCAAAGCCAGUUCUAGUUGGUUGGCUUGUUCACCUACACUCUCAUCUUCAUUCCCUUAGUCCUCGGGUUGUUCUGAGUAGAGCAAACCGCCAACUACCACUUCAUAUAUAAGGGUAUACUUAUGUUGUUCUAUCUAUCAAUCUAAAACAUCUACUGAACUUCUUGUGAUGGCAGUCCCACUUUUAUCGAAACAUAAACUCGUCGUGAUCUUGAUUCUGAUUCCCCUCGCUCUAUCAUGCUUUUGCACAGCAGGAUCUGCACAGGAUAUUCCAGGAAAAGAAAUGAUUUCAGAUGCAUUACGAUGUUUCAGCAGUAAGAUUUUCAGUGGCUGCGACGAGUCGUAUAGAUUAACAAUGAAUGGAAAUCUUAAUGUUCCACCAGAAGCUACUGAUUUGUUCUGCAAUGGACCUUGCUUAACCGAGACACAAGCAGUGCUUCAUUGCAUUAACAAUGUUUUAUCAGAUUUUAAGUUCUUCAAUGAAGCCACAGUACGAGACAUGAGAUCGGCCAUUAAUGCUGGCUGUAGCUAUACCAACCUAAGAGGAAACUUCAAUGUGGGAUGAUAUUUAGAAGGUCAAACAAACAGUGGAAAUAGAUUUUCCAAUUUGCUUGUGUUCUAUGUCUUCUUUUUAUUUCAUGUUUAUUGAAUCAAAUUGUUAUUUUCCAUUGCUAAAAGUAAAUGGGGAACACUUCCUAUAUA